UGAGACAAAAACACAGGGCAAAAUUUGUCUCUCCAAAAGCCCGUGGACCAAACAAACUGACGUUAACCAGAAGUAAAACGCGAGGACGUCUACUUGAUGAUUGAGUAAUAGCAGUGCACCAUCCUGUGGACAGAAAUGAGUCGUACUACUUCAGAAGCAGCGGCAGGUCUUGACCCUACCGUGUUGAGCAAUCAACUCUUCGAGCUAUGGAAUCAGAAAGAUCUGCAGAUGCUACGUGUGGCAACCCUCCAGGGAUUCUCAAAGCUGUCCGACCCUCUGGAGGCCUUACUGACAAUUUUAGAGAGCUGUCCGGGCAAACAGAAGGGUCGGACCCACACCCUCGGCCACCACGUCCUCAUGGAAUUCCAGACGUGGAUCAAGGAGCAUCCACAGGUCAACCUGCAUUCACUCUCCAAGCAGCAAGCAGUGGCGCUUCAAAAGCGAGCCCUCGCUUUGCUAACGGACAACCAGCCCACAUUCGUAGACGGCCUCGUAAACAUCUACCAGCUCAGUUCCUUGGAUCCGGCCACACUCCGACUGCAUAUUAAAGAGCUGCAAGCUUUUGGCUGCUACAAAAUGGCUGCAGUGCUCAGCACAAAACUGGAAAUACAAACAGAAUUAGAUAUGGAGGAGAUCUGCGUGCCGUUAAUCUUGCAGGAUAAGUUGGCAUUGGCAGAGUCAUUUGUCACAGGCCAUAAGCAUCUAGAGCGACAACUGGUCGCACUGCUAGACUCUUGGUGCCAUCCCAACUUCAGCGUGGAAGAGAUAAGGAGGCGGUUCCCUUCCCUCUCGCUGUCCAAAAACUGCGUGAGUCAGACUCAGCCUAAAAUGCUCAUCAGACACAUUGCACGACUUGUGGAGAAAUUCAAGAUUGAUCAAGCCCUGUGUCCCAAUGCUCUGCACAAGAGGAGACUGGACUCUCUGCGUUUCCUCAUGUACAAGAGAUUUGUGGAGAAAAGCAUGACAGAAGAGAACUGGUGUGACCAUGUACAGUAUGUAGUGGCGGAUGACCUCGAGCUGCAGAUCCAGUUGGUGGAGAUACUGACAAAGUACAGCGGUGUCAGGAAAGCUGCCCAGUGGUCACUGAGAUACAAUGUCCCCAGAUAUCGACUUCCCUUUGGGGUAUGGGAAACGCAGCAGAGUCUGCCGCCGCACCUCCAACAGAUUUGUAUGAGUAACUCGGGACAAACUGAGGGAUGGGUGCCUUCGCAGUCUCACUGUCAGAAGUUCUACCAGGUGCCACUCACCAGAGACAAGGUUCACUUUGUGGACACGCCGGAAUCUCUACAACCAUGUCGAAGCAUUGUGCUCAAGGAUGGUGUUACAGUAGGACUUGACAUGGAGUGGCAGCCUACGUUCGGCUGUAUCUUAUCUCAAAGAGUUUCCCUCAUCCAGCUGGCAGUUUCUGACCAAGUUUUCUUACUAGACCUCUGUGCAACUGGAUUCUGUCAACACCCAGACACUAUUAGAUUCAUCAGAGACUUGUUCUCCGAACGAAAUAUCCUGAAACUAGGUUAUGGUACAGCUGGGGAUCUCAAGUGUCUCUCUGCCACCUGGGACCAGUUAUUAGAGGAGCCACUGAAAAUGGAGGGGAUGCUUGAUCUUCUUAGUAUACACCAAAAGAUCCAACGGAGUAAGAUCAACCAGCCUCAGAACGGCCCUAGAGAGGUACUGGUGGGAGAGAACUGUGCAGAGAAAGGCCUCAGUCUGCUCGUACAACAGGUCCUUGGAAGGCCCCUGGACAAGACAGAGCAGAUGUCCAACUGGGAGAAGCGGCCACUGCGCAUCAGCCAAAUUAGAUAUGCAGUGGCAGAUGCCUACUGUUUGCUGCAUGUGUACUCUGUUCUCUCCAGCAACCCAACAUGCUUUGGGCUGCCGGCCGACCUGCGCAGCAUCUCGUCAAGUCAGUCGGAGACGAGCAAAGAAAAGAAGCAGAAAGGAAAGCAGGCGAAAGAGGCCCUUGGCAAAGAGGAAUGUCAGGGGGCUCAAAGGGGCAGUCCCCCUUGUUCUGACACAGAGAAAGGCCUCCUGUGUGGUGAGAAGGCCUCAGAAGACAUCCCCCCGCUACCCCCCCAGCAGUUGAGGGUGGUGUGUGACAACAUGCUGCAGGGACUCGGGAGGUACCUGCGCUGUUUAGGAGUUGACGUGGUCAUGUUGGAGAACACUGAUGAUCAUAGAGUAGCAGCAAAGUUAGCACUCGCUGAAGGUCGUGUCAUACUCACGUGUGGGCAGCCGUUCCAAAGUUUGCGUUCCCAGGUGGGCGAGGGUCGCUGCCUGUCCCUCGACUGCUCGGAAAAGGCCAGAGACCAGGCUAUUCGGGUCCUCAGACACUUCAACGUCCAACCCACUCCCAGCGAUAUAUUCAGCCGCUGUCAGGCAUGUAACAGUGAUCAGUAUGUGGCUGUUCCCCAGGAGGAUAUGGCCAAGAUGCUUAAAGAGAAGGGAUAUUUGCAGGAUGGCGACGACGCUGGCCAAACACUGAAGGAGUCCUGUCAACAGGAAGAGGAGAGGCCCGGUGACAUUCUGACCUCCGGCGUGACCCCCGGCCUCCCCAGGUAUGCCCUUCAGUGUCGCUGGGCCACCCUUUCAGAGCUGGACCCCGACACCCUGACCUUUCCCGGGGGGGCGCCCAUUCAGCUCCACACCGUGCCCCCUGGCCUCCUGCCGAGGAUACCGCUCUUCUAUGUCUGCACCAGAUGUGGCAAGGUGUUCUGGGAAGGCUCCCACUUCGGCCGCGUCCUCUCCAUGUUUCAGGAGGUCUUGCAUGUAACGGACGAGGACACUGACUCGCCGGCGGUGGCCGUUAGAGCGGCGCAGCACAGCUGACUGAUGUAGAGCUGUACGCAGGUCACCAGACCCCCCAAAACAAUUAUGAAAUAGAAUAAGAUGACCGCACAAGCUCCUGUUGAGAAGCUUCAAGUUCAUUUUAAGUAAAAGAUUAUUUGGUAAAAAAGUAAGAGGUCAGUAAAUGGUAAGCUUACUAGUCCUCUGUGACAUCUUUUUUUAAAACUGAAACUCUGACGUUGGAUAACUUUUAGCCAGCACUGUUAGCAACGUGAUGAUAAGCCCUAAAGGGUUUGUAAUCCCAAAACUUUUUUUUUUUUCAGAUGUAUAUAUUUUCAACCGUUUUAAUUAUAUCGAGAGUUUCAAACUUGCUUUAACUUCAGUGAACCAAAGACGGGUCACUGCAUUACGUUUUGACUUGUUUUUGUUGUAGAUUGCUGUAAAUCGCAUCAAAUGUGAUUUAAUCAUUUUAACUGUGGUCCUUGUAUAACAAAUCCCUCGACUACUUAAUGGGGAUUUAUGUCACACAUCUGUAAAAGCGCAUGCAGUCGCCAAAUGCGUCAUUGUUCAGUGUGUCCCAGUCAGCACAACGUGGGGAUAUAUCACGGAUAUAUAUUUUUAAAAAAUGAUUUUGAUAAGGAAGCUGUGAAGAAAGCAUGCGUCUGUGGUACUGUAAUUUUUCAUUUUCUGUGAUGUUCUUAUUUUUUUCUUUCUUUUUUUUUUUAGCUGGUCAUAAAUAAAAAAAAAAUCUUCAUUUCAAA